CGGAGCCGCGGCCGCGCUAAACUGCUGUCCCGUGGUGUGGCCUUGCUUUUUCAGCGGCGAGCGCUCGGUGGUGCCGGCCCCGGCAUGUGGCGUCUGACGGGACUCCUGGGCCGAGCUCUUCCCCGUCUGCUGGGACCUGAUCUCCGGGGGGUGACCCCCACCACCAGUCCAGAUGGGCCUCAGGCAACCCCCUCCACCUUGCUGGUGCCUGUGUCCAACUCUGACAGGUCAGGCCCAGGCAGGAGCAGGGACCCGAAGUCCCAUGGAUGGAAGGAUGCCUUCCAGUGGAUGUCUGCACGUGUUUCCCCGAACACCCUGUGGGAUGUCAUCUCAUGGGGCACCCUAGCUGUGCUGGCCUUGCACCUGGCAAGGCAGAUCCAUUUCCACGCAUCCCUGCCAGCAGGACCUUGGCGAGCAGAACGUUCUUGGCAUAGUCCUUUGCACCGUUUCCUCUUCCCUCCCUGGUGGCACCCACACUCCUCACUGCGGAGGCACAUUCUUCCCAGCCCUGAGGGCCCAGCUCCCAGGAGCACUGGCCUCAGGGAACCCAGGCUGGGCCAGCAGGAACCCACAACUCAGCCUGGGAGCCUCCCUUCAUCCAGCUCUCUGAGGGCAGCUAGUCUUCAGGACCUCCCUGAAGAAGGUUCCAAUGAUUUGGGCUUCCUGCAUACCAGCAGUGACUUCAAGUCCAAGGCAAAGCCAGGCCAGCCCCAGCCCCCUGGUGAAAAGAAGGAACAAGAUAAAUCACAAGCUCUUCCCCUGGAGGAGGCUGUGACUUCCAUCCAGCAAGUCUUCCAGCUCAGCGUUUCCAUCGUUUUCAACUUCCUGGGGACAGAAAACAUGAAGAAUGGGGAUUACACAGCAGCCUUUUCUUAUUUCCAGAAAGCCGCAGACCGCGGCUACAGCAAAGCACAGUACAAUGCGGGCUUGUGUCAUGAGCAUGGCAGAGGCACACCCAGGGACCUCAGCAAGGCAAUCCUCUGUUACCAGUUGGCUGCCAGCCAAGGCCACAGUCUGGCUCAGUAUCGCUAUGCCAGGUGUCUACUGCAAGACCCUGCCUCCUCAUGGCACCCUGAGCAGCAGAGGGCCUUAUCCAUGCUGAUGCAGGCUGCAGACUCAGGCUUAAGAGAGGCCCAAGCUUUCCUCGGGGUGCUUUUCACUAAGGAGCCACACCUGGAUGAACAGAAAGCUGUGAAUUAUCUUUGGCUUGCAGCCAACAAUGGGGAUGCACAGAGCAGGUAUCACUUGGGAAUUUGCUAUGAGAAGGGCCUUGGUGUAAAGAGAAAUCUGGGAGAGGCUAUGAGAUGUUACCAGCAGUCAGCUGCUCUGGGAAAUGAGCCUGCCCAGAAAAGGCUGCAGACCCUUUUUUCCAUGGAGGAAGCAGCCCCAAAGCCUGGCCACUUGGCAGUAACAGGACUCAAGUCUUUCUCCAGCCCCUCCCUGUGCAGCCUGAACACCCUGCUGGGAGGUACCGCAGGCCUCCCCCAUGCCUCAAGCACAGGGAACCUCGGUCUCUUCUGCAGAAGUGGGCAUCUUGGCACCAGCCCUGGAGUCCCCAGCAGGGCUUUCCCCUCCUUGGAAAGGAGUCUCGUAAGACUUGGUUUUGGCUAAGAUCUCCUGAGCCCUAAAGAUGGAGCCUGUGAGUUCUCAGCGAUACUACAACUUGAGUCCCAAAGAAGAGGCCAGUUCUCAACUUACCUUCCCAAAAACCUCAAGUACCUUCCCAGCACCUUAAAAGGAAAGUACAUGAAGACCAAGGUUCUGGCUCUGCUGCUUGCCUAGCCAUGUCACCUUGAAGUGGUGACCUGACUCCAUAAUACUGUUUCCUCAGCUGUUGAUCAGGAGCAGUGGUGUGUGUCUUUAUACUUUAUAGGAUUGAAGUGGAGUGUUUCAGUUCGAAAGACCUACGUGUUCACUGGUCCUCCAGAGUUAGGUGAUGCCCAUGAUUCUCUACCCUGGCUUCUAUUUUGCCAGUUCUUUCUGUCACUUUAUGUGAAAGCCUUAUCAUCCUGCUGAUAUGAGGAAGUAAAUGGAGAUUGGCUACCUGGAGUCUUGGAGUUAGAGAGUGUAGAUUAAGAGUCCUCAUUUGGGAAAGGUGAGCCAGAAAUGUAUGAGUGUUUAAUAAAGCAGAUAGUGGACUAUCUCAUCACUGUUGCCCUUGAGUAUGUUGGGGAAGGCCAGGAGGAGCAGGAGGAGCUGAAAGCUGAGGCUCCAUCCUCAUCUCUUAAACUCUCCAUUAACCAAUUUUAAGAGUCUUAAAAGCUUCUCCAAGAGAGAGACUUAGAAAAAAAUGAUUUCUGAGUCAACGCUAAUGACUUCAAUAAAUGAAUUUGUGAAUUGCUGUUCCCUGGCUUCUGGAUGUUAGCCCAAGUUCAAUAGCAUAGAUGUGGUUUAAGGGUAUGGGGUGGGAGGGACCAAGGAGCAUUCCACACACAUCCCUCCCCACUCCCACCCCUGCCCCAUGACUGAAAGGGAAGGACCAGCCAGGUGGCCAUUCAAAGAUGAGGGUAUCUGGGGGGAGAAAUGGUCCUCAUUUCCAUCUCUGCUGCCCACCCUCACCUCUCUCAUCCUUUAUGUGGUCCUUACCAUACUUCUCCAACACCUUGCUCACCAUUAGAGCUCCAGAACCUCCCCUAUGGCUGCUCUGCACACUGCCCUCACCGCCCUUAGACCUUACUAACCCCCAAAGACAGUGUUCCUUGGUAGCGGGGACCUUGACUUUGUAUUCUACUAGCCCAGCACUUACAGCAGUGCUUUGCAGGGUAAGGUUUUGAUGCUCAGAGUUUUAAGCCAUUCAGUGCAUGAAUUUCUAAACCCUCUGCCAAAAAAAUAAAAACGUUUUCUGUGGUCAAAUAAGUUUGGUAAGCACCACCUUCCAUGUUUGACAUCUCCUUUUUAUAGAUCCACAGUACCCAUAGCAUAUUCCAGGCUCCAAGAAGUCCUGCAGUAAGAACAUGACUAACCCCAUGUGUUCCUCCUGCAAGUGGCCUGUGAACCUGCCUGGGCACCCUGGGAAAUGUCAUCUCCAACCUAAGGAUGAAGAACCUGUGCUUGUGGAGAGAGAAGGGUGGAAGUCGUGAGAGAUGUCAGGGGACCAAAAACUCAACUGUAUAGUCACUGUGGUCUCCAUACCACCCCAGGGGACGGACUUCAUGAACAGACCUGGCAACUGCUGUGCCUUUGUCAUU